AUGAACCAGUUAUCCUUUGUAGGCUGCCUCUUGCUCUGCUCUAUGGUGGUUCAGGGAGCCUUCCAGGACUUUGUGAUAGGACCUGAGUCCUAUUUGGGGGAUGUAGAGCCGCCCAUUAAUGAGGACCAGUUUUUGGACGACGACGCAGAGCAGGAUGUUAUGGUGUCAUUCCAGGAUGUACAGAGGAAUGGAGUGGUGGACACCAGUCUGCUAAUGAAGGCUCUUAUGCAGCAUGCCAAUCGCUUGGGCAUGAGUUUGGAUGAGUUAGCCGGCUUGAAUAUGGGAGGAGACGAUGAGGCGUUUACUAACCAACUGGGCUGCUCGUCUGACGAAGAUGAAUUCAACUACCAGGACAGACCCACCUGGCGGGAUGUGCUCUUCAACUAA